UUACAGGAAAGAAAGGAGGAUUACGUGUGAGUCAGGAGUACAACAGCCAAUCGUCUCUCUCAGGUGAUUCAGACAGCCUCGUUGGUGCAGCUGUGAGAAGAAGAGAAAAUAGGAAAGAAAAUUUUAACAAGAGACAUACGGUCGUAGGAGUGGAGAAUGCUGAAGACUUAGAAAAUCUUGCCCUUUUGCAACAGAAUCGUUCUCCACCCAAAGUGAAAGAGAGUCCCAUAAUCAUGGAAUAUUUUAAAAGGAAAUAUCCCGAACACUCGGACAGGAUCCAAGGUCGAGCUUCGGAGGAACCCAUCACUAAUGGAGUUUUCUGUGAGACCGACCUUGAUAACAUUGACAACAUGGACACCAUGUCCGAGAUCAACACAGAAGCAACAGGAUUCUCUCGAGGUGGACGACUGAGGUCCAGUAUGCCGGUCAUCAGACCAACGGUCAAUAUGACCAAGGAAAGGCCAUUGGGUCUCGUCUACCUCCAGUACAAGAAUGAAACCAAGCGAGGGCUCAUGCCGAAUGAAGUUACCGGCAUCGACACUGUGAGGGCGCUCUACGUCCGAGCGUUCCCUAAGCAGCUCACUAUGGAGAUGCUUGAACAACCUGUUAGGAAGAUCUACAUCAGGGAUCCGACAACAGAAAUAUUCUACGAACUGGAGGAUGCUCAUGAGAUCCACGAUAGGAGUGUUCUCAAAAUCUACGAGCCAGGAUUCGUCGAGGAUCCCAACGCCCCUGGACCCUCCUCCCCUCGUAGCACCACCUCCACCCCGGUAGAACUGGACUACUACUCCGAACCGGAGGUGGACCAUCAGAAGAGGGACGUGAGGAAAAACCGUUACAACACCAUGACGCUUCCACGGAACAUGCAUUUCACACAGAUGGAGAGCGAGGGCGCCAAACCGAGUCAGGGUACAGGGAACCUCAACCCCUCACCAGAGAAGAAACAUCAGUCACAGUCAUUGGAGAAUUUCCGACGUGGGGCACCAGAGCGUGCCAGUGCAUCCCUCCAGCGCCCCGCCGCACACAAUCAAGCCUUCCAACGCAUGACCCCGGAGAGAGCCACCCUCAGUGGCCCAGUCACCAGAGGACCAGGGGGGCCUGGUGGGCCACAUCCCCAGGGCCCCUAUGGAAGGAGGGGACAGCCCCACCCCAACCAGCCUCAACAGCAUGGGAGUGCUACCUUGCCUCGCAGGAUGCCCCCGCCCUCGCAGCAUGAAGGUGGGGGAGGACCUGGGAUGGGUCCAAGACCCCAGGGCGGGAGUGCAACCAUGCCACGCCAGCAUCCGAGGGGCAGUCAGGCAGUGGUGGACGGGGGCAGCAGGCCUGGGAGUCGACCCUCCAGUGGGGAUAUGGUAUCAAGGAGUCAAAAUAGUACCCCAGUUACAAAAGUGAUGCAGAACCAGGUCAUGUCUGCCCCCAUGCCCAACGGUCAUCCCAGGCAGCGAGGCCCCCCACCCCAGCACCACCAGACACCCCCAGGGCGACCCCAGGGUGGUACCCUACCCAGGAACGGGGCACCGGGAAUGAGACACCCCAUCCCCAAUGGAAUGGGUCCGCAGCAUCGUGGACAGCCCCCUCUACGGCGGCACGGUAGUCAUGAUGGUACAUUCAGCCAUGGCAGACCGCAAAGUGCUCCGAUGGGAGAUGGCGCCGCAGGACAUAGACCUGGUGCCCAUCCCGGUGCCCAUCCUGGUGCACAGAGGCCAUUCUCCCAACCGGCCCCCCGUACAGGCCCUCACAGACCCCUUCCAGGGGAGGAAGGGACCAGCGAAAGGAUCACUGCAAUGGAGCAGCAGAUAGCCAAUCUUGCCGGCAUGGUUCGUUCUGUCAUUGGAACACAUAAUGGUCCGCCACCGAGACAGGGACAUCCUCCCCAGGAUGCCGUCCAAAGACCACCAGGGGAUCGGCCUGCCCCACCCAUGAGAACGGACUCUGCCCCGGUCCAAGCCAGAACCCCAACACCUCAACAACAACCACCACCACCCGCACCACAGCAAUCAAGAACCAUCACCCCACAACAGCAUCAACCCCCACCACAGCAAUCCAGACCACUCGGCCCCCAGUCCCCGAGGCCCUCGUCGCACCCCGGUACGGGCGUGGCCGGUAGACCCGGUAUGCACCAUCCAGGGGGCGUCAACAUUCAACGUAGCGCGAUGGUGCUCAAGCAUCGCACAACCGACCUCAGAAUGCAACUCAAACAAGUCAGGAAAAUGCAUCUGAAUAUGGUGCAACAGAUGAACAAUAACUUCCGCUCGACAUCCCACAAGAUCCGCUUGGCUCUAGAGGGCGCCCCAGGCUCUGAUAUUCAUCCAAUCAGAAACCAUCGAGCUAGAGUCCACCAGGAUUACAUCAAGUAUAUGCAGACCCAGGAAGCAAUUGAAAGGGAUCUAAGAUUACUGGACGAGAAUGUGGACAAGUUGCGAGAGAAGACGAUAAAUAACAGAGGCAGUGUCGACAUGGUGAGCCUGGAGCAACAAGCUCAGUUGCUAGGCAACUGCAGCAGGGGAAUCGCAGAACAGAAAGUGAAUUUUCCAGUUCUGUCUGAGAAUUUGAAGACUGUUCAGGAAGGAGAGAUGGAGAUAGUUGUCAGAGAAGAGAAUUGGAUGAAGCAUGAGCCACAGAGGUUGGACGAUCAUUUCAAGAGAUGUAAAAAGAUCACUAGUACUCUGUAUACACUGAAGAGGAUGGCAGCUACUAACGAGGAACCUUACAUCAUCUCCCCCUCGUCUCCUACCAGAGCCCCUAACUUUACCCCUACCGUCACCCCCACCAUCACCCCUACCAUCACCCCUACCAUCACCCCUACCGUGACCACAUCCAGGCAGGUGAUUCGGGUUGAGAGCGCCCCUCUUCCGAGGUCGUUAGAAGCUAAACGAGAGACAGUGGAGAGCGAUCAAGAUGAGGUUGUACACCAUGAUCUGCCCCAUCGAUUCAGAUCACCCCAGGAGCAAGAUCAAUUUGAAAGUACGCUAUCGGGAAAGCGAGAGGUGCUACGCAAGACAAACAACGUAGAGGCAAACCAGACCCGUCAACGCCGCUUCCUGCGCGAGAUCUUUGAUCAAGAGAACCAUGACUCCAUGACGCCGAUCAUCACCCCAGAGAAGGCGGCCAAGAGGGAGGCGCAGAAAGAAGCUGCAGGAGGGCAGAAGAAAGGUCCUCCGCCACCGCCUCCACCGAGGAAGCACUUCCCAGCAUCACCUGCAUCUCCAGAGCAGGCCAACAAGAAGAUCUCGUGGUCAAGCACGACGACGACUAGUCAACCCAAGGUGCCUUAUAAAGAAGUGGUUGUCGAGAAGAAGGUUGAGUCUGAGGCAGUUGUUGAGAGUAUGCCUGAGUCUGAAUCUCGAGCAGUGGGUGAUAGGGUGGGAGAUCAAAAGGAGGGGGGAACUGAGGAACAGAAACCCUUGAGUAAUACCUCCAGUACUUCCGCAGACUGUCUAAUCAACGCAGUAACCGCUGCGGUGGAUCCCCCACCAAUCACCAGCACAGUCAAAGCACAAGAGACAUCCAAAUCAACCCCGUCCCUGGGUGCAACAGAAUUCACCACCCCUAAAGAAAUCAAUGGAUCAUUCCAUUCACAGACUCUGGUCACAGUCGGGAAUGGGGGUGUGGCACAUUCCAAUGGGAAGGUAGGGAAGGACAAGUCACAGACCAAAAGAUCAUUCCUCAGUAGGAGUCCAUCCAAAAGUGGGCAGCAGGGUAGUAGUAGUAAUAGUAGUGGGAAAUCAAAAUCUAAGAAAAUGGGUGGGGCCUUGGCGAGGCUGCUAAGGCGAGAUCAUGAGAAGGGAGAUAGUUCACAAAAAGCAAACAGUCCUUGCUCAGGUGAGGUCGGACCUCCCCCAAAGCCUCCUCGGGGAUGCAUGGACUCACCAACCCAGCGUGCAAAGAAACUUUUAGUCACUGCUACUAGUGAGAACAAUAUCAAUAACAAUGCCAAGCAGAUCACCAUUCCCGAGAGGCCUGGCCAUCGGUCGAGUCAAGUGACCAAUCAGGGUAGGAUGGCCAAGUCAGCAGAGAACAUUUGCCUGUCCAGUUCUCCUGACAAUGAUAUGUAUCCCCCGGAAGGCAUCUACAGUGUCCAACAGCAGCAGAUCAUCCAGGAUCCUGACUCUGCCCAUUCCUCACCAGUUAGGAAACCAGUGGUCGUGUCAGUGUCCGGUCCAAGGAGAACUAAUUCAGACUCCUCAGGUCAAUUGCCUCGAGUAUCACCUGCUAGUGCUGAAAUCAAACGACGGGAGACCGACCCUGUGGUUAGACCGAAGAAACUCCAACCUUCUACAUCUGCUUGGAACGAGGAUAGCCUCAGAACUUUGCAACUCAAAGCCCAGUAUGCCAAACUUCGGCAGAUGCAGGUUCAGAACAUUCAGAAAGACAAGAAUGUCAGCCAGGCUCCAGAUGACAGACCCACCAAUGGACCAAGCCCCCAACCAGCAGUCGCUGCCGUCCCUAAACAGACCAACCUUGAGAACCAUCCCAUCGCUGCCACCGAAAAACCUGCAGACCUCACCCAUCCCGGGAGCAGUCCACAAAAGAAAGAGGUCAAAUCACCGCCGCCGGUAGCUGCCAAACCCUCGUCAAGGAAGUCGAUCAAGACGACCACCACCACCGUGACCACGCAGUCCUACCAGCUUGCGGACGUCAACCAGGCCUUGGAUGACCUGGAGAGUUUGAUGGCGAAGGCAACGGACACGAACGACAUGGAUGAUGCAAACGUCGUCCAAGAGAGUACCCCCUCCUCACCUAAUGGUACAAUCCAGAAACCUGUGCAUGCCCAUAUCAGGUUGCCACAGUCACCAUCUCGUAGCUUUGCCACCAAGCCCAAACCACUCUCGCCGAAGGGGGAGGCAGCCAAGGUGGGAGGAGGGAAGAGCUCCGCCUUUAAACCUAUCAAGAAAGCCAGCUCUCCCGCGACAAACGGCGGAGUGGCAUCGCUUUCAAUAUCGCUCUCGCAGCCGCCGAAAGCAUCUCCUUUGCCAAAGAAGGCAGCAGCAAACAUUAAUUCAUCUCAGGAAUCAAGCAAACCACAAAAUGAAAAAGCUGUGACAAUCGUUGUCACCGGGACAGAGGCAGACAUUAAACAAACCACAAUCAAUGACGCCAAAUCCGGGGAAAGCGACGUCAGUAGAAAAGAUGCGGGGGAGAAAGACAAACAUCCCAAAACAGAUAUUAAUAACUCAUCCCCACCCACCGCAAUAAACGUUGAAUCAAGUACAAAUCCCAACGUCACAAAUGGCAGUGCAGACGUUGAUGAGCCAAAGACCGAGGAUGAGAAGGAUGGCAAAGCAAAUCUCACUGACGUUCAAAAUGAAAAGGAUAUUUUGAAGAGCCAGGAAAAGGAUGAUGCAAAGAAACCGGAUUAUGUUCCUGAGAUUAAAACCACAUUUGUAAAUGGCAUUAUCGAGGAGACUUUCAUCAAUUAGUGUAAAACUUUGACAGUACAAAUGAAAGUAAUAUAUAUAGUAGCUACAUCGGAGUGUUACACUGAUCAGUUGCAAUAAAAUAUGUACGUACAUGCAGGCUUAAUAUGCUAGUAAAGAUUAAUAACAGGCAUUUAUAUGCACGAAUUUACACUAAACUUGAGUGAAACAAUUCAUCAGUCCAUGUCAAACUAAAAAAAAUAUGUUCACAUUAUCUAUGUUAUUUAUACAGAUUACAUGUAUUUUUCUCUGGAAAUUCAUUUGUUUUGUUUUUUCUUGUAAAUAUAAUCAUGUUUUAAGUGAUGUAAAGAUCUAUUAGAAUGCCCCCUUUAUCAUGCAUAAAGUGAAUGAGUUACAAUGAUCAUAUGAACUCCUAUGGAAAUUGGAAAAAAAGUGUAGUCCAACAGAAAACGAUUCUGCUCUGAGCCAGGCGAUACCAAUCGGUGUAAUGUCUUGAUGGUUCAAUUCCAUUACUGAUAUCAAAUCCUGUUUGGUCAACUAUCAGUUAGGCAAUUUGCCUUUUGGUCUUAUCUUUACUUGUCCUAAGAUCCACUUGGGCUAAUUGUCCUUUGGUCUCAAGCCCAAUUAUUCAAUUGCCACUUCGUAUUCUGGGUGAUCCACAUGUCAUCACCACCUGGUGUAUUACCAGUCCAUCUAAUCCAGUAGACUUCAUGGGUAUUAUGAGAAACUUGCAAUCAAUGUCUAGUGAAUAUUUUAAUUGGUUGAAAGUUCUUGUUCUGCUUCUUGAAACACGAAGUGAAAAUUGAUUUCCUAUAAUGAGAAUUGAUCUAUCAAUCAUAGAUUUGCAAUUCAUAUUUACAGUCAAUUGCAAAUAAUCGAAGUUUUUUAAAGCGCUUAGAAACACCAUGUAUUAAGCGCGAUAUGAAUACAAUGUAUUAUUAUUAUUAUAAGUUUCUUGCAAAACCUAAACAGGUGGAAAUGAACUUUAAUAGCAUAAUCAACAAUUAGACAGCAUAGUAAUGAGACCAAGUGUGUAUUAGACCAGUUGGGCUUAGGCCAAUUGCAAUUCUCCAUUGGCUGUCUUCCUUAACAUUGAAUUGAUAUCCUUUUUAUUCCAGAACAAGUGUUAGUGCACUUUAAAAUUUAAACUCUUCAUGUAUGUGAUGAGAUUGGACACCCACCCACUUGCAUGUGCUCAAUUCAUAAACUACUUCUGAAGUAUAAAUAUAUAUGUAUUCAUGAAAAUGUAGUUAUUAGUGUGCAUUAUAAUUGUUAAAUAUACAUCAUUUUAAAUCUGUUCUGUAAAAUAGGAAAUAUCCUUGUCUUUUUAAUUGAAUACACGUGUCAAACCAUCGUGGGAAAAAGAAAGCAUUUUAGAUGACGGAUUGAUCCAAUUAUAGACUUAAAGUAUGUAGAAUCAAGACGUUACUUUAAAUACCAUGUAUUUCCUCAACCCACCUGAAAUAAAUAAGAAGAAUGAGGAACUAGCUUACUUUGAGUUCACCCCCACCCAUUCUCUGAAAAUCACCUUGUCUUAUUGGAUGUACGUUGCUUAGUUACAUACAGCAAACAAAAUCAGAAACAAAUUUUACAAUAUGAAUUUUAGCCAUUUUUGUGCCUUUUUGUAAAUGAAAAACUGAAAUGUAAAUCAGGCAGGGAUGUUUCAUUAAAAUUGUAGCAAAUUCACAAUCUGUCAUUGUAGGUUAAAAACAAAGAUCGGGUUGCCUGUCAGCCAAGCACAAGCAUGUUUUGUAGAUUGCAGAGAAGGGAUGCAAGGAACAAAGAAGGCAACAUAAAUUUACUUGUAAACUUAUAAAUAGGACAAAAAAAAGUGGUGCUAUAUAUAUUUUUAAGUUAUACAUAUUGUUGUAUAAAGGUCUUCAUGUUUGCGUCUGUGACAUUUUACAAAUGAUCAAAAUGUGAUAGAAAAAAAAACUGUUAUCCUUCUAAUUGCCUAUCAUCAUGAGCUACUUUUAUUUUUAUAAUUCUAUAGAUCCAAGCACAGAGUAAUUAAAUGGACAAAAUAAUGUAAAUAAUGCAGUAUUUGUAAUAAUUACAUUUGGACAAGUGCAAAUAGAAUUUUUUUUCGGAUAAUAUCCCUUGACAUUUUAAAUAAUUAUCCAAGCUGCUAUUUUUAAGAAAAAUUACGUUUUAAUCAACGUUAGGAGUGAUACUAAGCUUGAUAAUGAUAACGAUGUUGUUUUAUAGAGCGCACACAUGGCCAAAGAGGCAAAGGCGUUUGCCCAGCAACAUAGCCAAUAAAUGAAUAUUAAUUGUAAUUAA